AUGUGUCCCAAGGAUAAAAUGCAGUUAGACGCGAGGCGGUGCAAAUGUUGCGGCGAAUGCACAAACGACUUGCGAACCAUCAAUCAGUGCGUAACCGUUGCCGGAAAGAAUAUUGCCAUUUGGAAAAUGAUGGAAAUUUUCCAGCUCCCAGAGGACUUUAGUGUGGCUCAGGAUGAAGACAUAUGUGCAAAAUGUUUGGAGAAGCUUAUAUGUUGUUAUCACUUCUACGAUAUUUUCGUUGCUGCUAUGGUCCAAAUGAAGGAGACCACCGACAAUUCCAUCCCUGUACAGGUUACUGUCUGUCACUGCAGCUUCUGCGAAAUGUCGUUCACAACCAAGCAGGAAUACGAGAAGCACCUAAAAUUGCAACAUCCCUCCAGCUCAACGUACCUGUUCUGUGUGCCAUGCCAGCGGUCGUUUAAAACCACUCGCGGGUUAUUGCAGCAUAAUGCAAUGUACCAUGAGUCGAAGGAAACAUACACGUGCCACAUUUGCAAUCGGUUGUUUAUCACCCAGACCAACUAUCAAAAUCACAUGCGCUAUCAUCAGGACUAUGUUUGCAGCUUUUGCAAUGGUGGAUGGAAUGGAGAACCGAAACUGCUCGAUCACGUGCGUACCGUUCACGCAGAUAGGCAAUUUGUUUGUCGAUUCUGCGACAAAACGGAGCGACUGAAGAAAUGUCUCAACAGACACCUCCGCUCAGUGCACCGCCAGAUGGCUAAUCCGUAUUUUUGUGGCCACUGCGGGAAGGACAGCUCAUCUUUCGAAAGCUACGAGUUGCUUAAAGAUCACUUGCAAGGGCAACACGCCGAGGACGAGAAUAGCACUCCGGAGAAAGAUUCAUACGAGACGUUGCUGAACGAUUCUCUGUUCGCGAAAGAGCUAGUACCGCUGGAGUUUCAUGAAGCGGAUGGAAUCGAUAAAGAGCAGGAUCUGUUCCUUCAAAAUUUUCAUCUCAUCCGUAGCAUCCAUGAAAAACACGGAACAUCCACGCCACACACGGAACAGCGUAUCGAUCGUAGGAUGGUGCUGGAGGACUUUCUUGAUGAGGCAUUCGAAAAUGAUGAAAUAUGGAAAAAGUACAUCGAAAUUGGAGAGGAAUACUUGAUAGACGAUUACGAUUUCUGCCUUAAGGGAAUUGUGGGAAAUUCGCAACAAGAACCGUACAAAUAUCGAUGCCCUAACUGCCAACAAGGCUUUCAAAAGCAGCUUCAUUUGACCGUGCACCUUGCGGAGAGCCACAACGUAGCCAGUUUGGUGUGCAAUGAUUGUGGUGCUAGCUUUACACACGUCCAAAAUUAUCGCACCCACCGAAAGGAACACAUGAAAGAGAAUGUGCGCUUCCGCGAGAAUAACAUUCCCGAAGUGGAGGAGGCGCUAUCGCUUGUUCAAAGCACCCCACUGGGCUACACGAUCCGCGAGGAGGAAAAUGGGUAUCGAUUUACUUGCUGCUAUUGCGAUCGAAGCUUCCAACGAAAGCACAACCUCGAAAAGCAUAAAUGUCGGUCGAACAAACGCCAUGGACCAACUGGGGCCGGAAUCGAUGGCGAAACGUCCCAGAUCCAGUGUGCACACUGCCAGUUCCGAACGUUUUCGGCCGAGGAGUUAGACAAACACCAGCGAUCGCACCAGUCGGAAGUAUCGCCAGUGGAUGAGCAGGAAACCAUCUACUGUCUGCUGUGCGAUCGUCGAUUCAGCACCACCAACGGACUGAAGUAUCAUCUGAAGCGCCAUACCGGGAUCAAAGCGUUCACGUGUCUGUACUGUGGAAAAAAAUUUACCGCCAACUCGAAUCUGAACGCACAUAUCAGGAACGUGCACAGCGAGCGGAAAGAUUACCAGUGCGCCGAAUGUACCCAGUCGUUUACGACAAAAGAUCACCUCAACAAACACCAACGAUCACAGCACCGACAGGAGCGACCAUUCGCAUGCGGUGAAUGCGAAAAAAGCUACAUUCAGCGAUCGCAUUUGAACGAACACGUGGCCGCGUGCCAUCGGCAGGAUCGGUACCUCUGUAACACCUGCAAUGUUUCGUACGGUUGCAGAAGCUCCUUGAAACGUCAUCACCAGCAGAAACACGGCGCAUCCAGCAUGGCUUGA